AUGUUCGCUUCUCGCUCUCUUACAGGCUCCGCCUCGCGCGCGGCUACCAUCUCCAGCUCCGUUCGGAGGUACGCCUCGGCCGCGCCCACUGCUGCUUUCGCUGGUCAGAAAGGCAGCAAUGGAAAAUACACCGUGACCCUUAUCCCUGGUGACGGUAUCGGUCCUGAGAUUAGCGAGUCGGUGAAGAAUAUCUAUGAUGCAGCCAAGGUCCCGAUUCAGUGGGAGGAGGUCGACGUGACACCGAUCCUCAAAAAUGGCAAGACCGCCAUUCCCGACUCCGCCAUCCAAUCAGUCCGCAAGAACACUGUCGCCCUCAAGGGCCCACUUGCUACUCCCAUCGGCAAGGGCCACGUCUCGCUCAACUUGACGCUCCGUAGGACGUUCAACCUCUUCGCCAAUGUGCGCCCGUGUGUGUCCAUCAAGGGCUUCAAGACGCCGUACGACGACGUCAAUACGGUCCUCAUUCGCGAGAACACGGAGGGAGAGUACUCUGGUAUCGAGCACGAGGUUGUCGAUGGCGUUGUACAGUCCAUUAAGCUCAUCACCUGGGACGCGUCCGAACGUGUUGCACGCUAUGCGUUCCACUAUGCCCAGUCGCAGGGUCGUGGCCGUGUCACUGCUGUCCACAAGGCGAACAUCAUGAAAAUGUCCGACGGCAUGUUCCUAUCUGCUUGCCGGGAGGUGUCGAAGGAGUUCCCUGAUAUCAAAUAUGACGAGGACCUGCUCGACCGUGUUUGCUUGCAGAUCACCCAGAACCCCGCACCGUAUGCAGACCGUGUGAUGGUCAUGCCUAACCUGUACGGUGACAUCUUGUCGGACAUGUGCGCCGGUCUUAUCGGUGGUCUGGGCUUGACACCGUCCGGUAAUAUCGGUCGUGACGCGUCUAUCUUUGAGGCCGUGCACGGAUCCGCACCCGACAUCGCUGGCAAAGGGCUCGCGAACCCGACGGCGCUGUUGCUGUCUUCGAUGAUGAUGCUCAGGCACAUGAACCUGAACGAGCACGCCGCGAAGAUUGAGUCGGCGAUUCUCUCGACGAUCGCAGAGGGCAAGACGAUCACGGGUGACCUCGGUGGCAAGUCGUCGACGAAGGAGUACACGGCGUCGAUCAUCGACAAGGUUCUCAAGGCGUAG